AUGACUUCACUAUUAGAGAAGAAAUUUGACAUUGUUCCACUUCAACUUCGCAAUGAGGAAGGAAUUGGUAAUGACGCUCUAAAAAUAAAAAAGUUGGUAUUUGAAAUUGCUGGCGCUGUCAAAUCGCUGAAUCCCAAAGACUCUCUUGACAGAAUUUUGGUGUAUUCCAGUAAUGAUGAAGCGUGCGUGAUGCUGGCUAAUAGACUGAGCCAAGUGAAUAUCGAAUCAAGUGUCUUCAAAAGUAAUUAUUUCGAAAAAGCUCACAAAAAUGAAUGGCGUGAGAAUGUAAAAAAUUGGAAGUCGGGAAAAUCUUUUGUGGCAGUGGCUCACUAUGAUGUCGAAAAGGAAAACGUGUUGGGACUGUGCCAAAAAAUUUAUUUAUUUGACAGCCUCUGCAAAGAAUUUUCUCAACGCAUAUGUGGAAGAUUUGAUAAUUUCAUGGGAAAAAUCAAUUGUACAAUUGUGCCGGUGUACACGGAAUCGACGACGACUAUUGAGAAGUGUAAUCUUACGCAAAUUUUUAAAUACUGUCACGAUAGCGAUGUGGAAAGAUGGAACCUAUGCCGAAGACCUUAUGAUAUUUAUAGUAAUAAGAAAGAACAUGCAUAUGCUCAUAUGAGGGUUUCAAUGGAGAGUGGAGACGAAGACGAAGAUUUGCCGAUAGAUCCUGAUUAUAAUGAUGACGACUUUGUGUAUUAUUGA